CCGCCCUCGACCAUAUGAAAACAGAGUAGUCUGCCUUCUGAACUCUCUCUCCCUCUCUUCCGCUCUUCCCUGCAGCGAUACCGACGUCAGGAGUAGAGAUGGCGGAGCUCAAACUCUCCGACAGUCGAGACCUAACUCGAAUAGAGCGUAUAGGCGCUCACUCACACAUCCGCGGCCUUGGUCUCGACUCUGCCCUAGAACCUCGUGCUGUUUCUGAGGGCAUGGUGGGCCAGACCUCUGCCCGCAAAGCCGCCGGAGUCAUCCUCCAGAUGAUUAAAGAAGGCAAAAUUGCUGGUCGUGCUGUCCUUCUCGCCGGCCAGCCUGGCACCGGCAAGACCGCCAUCGCUAUGGGUAUUGCCAAGUCCCUCGGCCAAGAAACUCCAUUUGCCAUGAUCGCCGGUAGUGAACUCUUCUCCCUCGAGAUGUCUAAAACCGAAGCCCUAAUGCAAGCUUUUCGCAAGGCCAUCGGUGUGCGAAUCAAGGAAGAGACGGAGGUUAUUGAGGGGGAGGUUGUUGAGGUCCAAAUUGACCGCCCUGCGGUCGCUGGUGCGGCGUCGAAGACCGGGAAGUUGACGCUCAAGACGACGGAGAUGGAGACCGUGUAUGAUUUGGGGGCUAAGAUGAUUGAGGCCUUGGGGAAGGAGAAGGUGCAGAGCGGGGACGUGAUCGCAAUUGAUAAGGCUUCUGGGAAGAUUACGAAGCUUGGAAGGUCAUUUUCAAGGUCUAGGGAUUAUGAUGCCAUGGGGCCUCAAACCAAGUUCGUACAAUGCCCGGAUGGGGAGUUGCAGAAGAGGAAGGAGGUCGUGCAUUGCGUUACACUUCAUGAAAUCGAUGUUAUUAAUAGCAGGACACAGGGAUUUCUAGCUCUUUUCACUGGUGACACUGGUGAAAUCCGUGCUGAAGUGAGGGAACAGAUUGACACAAAGGUAGCAGAGUGGAGGGAAGAAGGGAAGGCAGAGAUUGUGCCAGGUGUUCUCUUCAUUGAUGAGGUGCACAUGCUUGACAUUGAAUGCUUCUCUUUCUUGAACCGUGCUCUGGAGAAUGAGAUGUCACCAAUAUUAGUUGUUGCUACCAAUAGGGGGAUUACUACAAUCCGAGGCACAAACUACAAAUCCCCACAUGGGAUUCCCAUUGAUCUCCUUGAUCGUCUGCUCAUUAUCUCUACACAACCUUAUUCAGAAGAUGAAAUUCGCAAGAUUCUAGACAUCAGAUGCCAAGAGGAAGAUGUGGACAUGUCUGAAGAGGCAAAGGUUUUGUUGACAAAGAUUGGGGUAGAAACAUCCUUAAGAUAUGCCAUUCACCUCAUUACAGCUGCUGCAUUAGCUUGCCAGAAGCGGAAGGGAAAGGUUGUAGAGAUGGAGGACAUAAGUCGAGUUUACCAGCUGUUUUUGGAUGUGAAGAGAUCAACACAAUACUUGAUGGAGUAUCAGAACCAGUACAUGUUUAAUGAAGUGCCAGCUGGAGAAGGGGAUGACGAUGAAUCCACUGCCAUGCUUUCUUGAGAUAUCCCUUGAAUUUGAAAUUGCAAGUUUGUGAUUAUACGCUUGUCUUGCUUUAUUAAUUAUUAGUAGCACCUGCCUAUUCAUAUUAGGAUAAUUAAAUUAUCAGGCUUAACCGUGUCUUUUGUGUAGAAGUUUUGGCAAACAGUAAUUUAGUCGUCGCUAAGAUGAGUCUAUAUAAUAGCUUGAAAACUGUUGUUGCAGCAUUUUUGUAGACAGACUUCACAAUUGUGCUUGGAGUUUUCUUAUGAAUGGAAGUGCAACGUACAUAUUCCACAUUC